CCAUUUUUCAUCUCUUUGAUCUCUCCCUUCUCUUCUCUCUCUCUCUCAUUAAUAUAUGUCAGCAGCAGAAGACGGUUCUUUUUGCAUUUUUGCCCUCGGCUUGUUUCCUUGUAGCCACCUCUCAUGGAGGUUCCGGUGGGGUUUCUGGCCCGGCUAUGGAGAUUCCUCUCCUUCUUGCCUUUCUUCUUGUCGCUCUUCACCCUUGGCCUUCUCAAAGCUGCAAUAAUUGGGCCAAUCGUGGUAGCUAUUCUUGUGGCUGGAAAUUCAGCUGUAAUAAUUGGGCUUUGGCCUGCACAUUUCCUCUGGACUUACUACUGCGUGGCAAAAAGCAAGAAGCUUGGCCUUGUUCUGAAGAUUUUGGUCCUCGUGGUGUUGCCACUGCCUCUUGUCCUUUGGCUGGUUGUUGGAAUAUUUGCAAGUCUUUUGGGUGGAAUAGGAUAUGGGAUUUUCGCCCCUCUUAUUGCAACAUUUGAGGCAAGAGGGGCGAAUUUCAGAGAUAAAUUCUACCACUGUUUUGCUGAUGGUACUUGGUCCACUAUCAAAGGAAGCUGCACAGCAGUACGAGAUUUAGUAGAUUUUUGCUUCCAUUCUUAUUUUUCUUACAUGGAUGAACUAAUUGAGCAAAUACCCGCGGAUGAACGAUCCAUCGACAUAAAGUUAUCAAAAUUGCCAAGCUGUUUGUUGGUCUGCUCAAUUGCUGUGCUACUAGAUGUUCCUUUGAUUACAGCUGUUGCUUUGUGGAAAAGCCCAUUAAUGCUUUUAAGAGGUUGGAAGAGGCUUUUAGAAGACUUGAUUGGCAGAGAAGGACCAUUCUUAGAGGCGGUAUGUGUUCCAUUUGCCGGUCUCACUAUCCUCUUAUGGCCUCUGGCUGUUAUCGGAGCUGUGCUAGGUGCUUUCGUCUCAAGCUUCUUCCUCGCUCUCUACAGCGGAGUUAUUGUUCAUCAGGAAGACUCGCUUCGCCUGGGACUUGCAUACGUCAUAUCAGUGGUUUCAAUGUUUGAUGAAUAUGUAAAUGAUUUGCUUUACUUGAGAGAGGGAUCCUGCCUUCCAAGGCCCAAGUAUCGUAGACAUGUGAGCUCUGGUUCUGUCAGAAAAAGGCUUGAUGACAACCGUGACACCGAUUCAAAGCAUGGGGGAGAAGGCUCACACAUGGAAAAACUUGUCUCAGAACGUUCGAUAACAUUGAAGUGGCAAAUUCAACAGUAUAAACCAAUGCAGGUGUGGGAUUGGCUAUUUAAAUCUUGCGAGGUGAAUGGCAGGAUACUUAUUCACGAUGGUCUCGUAAUUCUCAUGGACAUCGAGGAAUGCAUUCUAACGGGUGAUUGCAAGAAGCUGGGCAUCAAACUUCCAGCUUGGUCUAUAUUACAAUGUCUGCUUAGAUCAGCAAAGUCCGACGCGUCUGGGUUGUUAAUCGCUGAUGGCAUGGAGUUGACAAGGACAAAUGGACCGAGAGAUAAGGUGUUCGAGUGGUUCAUUGGGCCUUUGAUGAUCAUGAAAGAGCAAAUAAAAGUUCUUCAGUUAGACGAGAAGGAAGAAAAUUGUCUAAGGGAACUGCUUAUGGAAUGCAAAAAUGAAAAACCUGAGGAGUGGGACGACACUUGCUUCCUGUCGAGUGACAAUGUCAGAAGAGCUCAAUUGCAAGCUAUAAUUAGGAGACUGCAAGGACUUGUAGCUUCCAUUUCUCGCAUACCAACUUUUAGGCGGCGCUUUAACAAUUUGGUGAAGGUGUUAUAUUUAGAAGCACUUCAGGCCAGUGCUUCAGCCAAUAAUAUUGGAGGAUUCCAAGAACCCAGAAAUGGUAACAAGAGCUCAGUUCGAAGUGAGGAUAGAAAAGAUGGAGACACAACCGAGGAAAUGGAAGCCGAGUACAGUACAGAUGAAAUUGGUAAUAUAGUAUGAUAAAGAACUAGUUUUUAUUUUUUUAAUUAUGGAAUACCAUGUUUUUAUGUCGUUUGUUUGAGAAAAAAGGCUCUCAAUUUGGUCACAGGAGCACUUCUAAACGAGACUUGGGAUUUAUGUUUGUAGUUAGUACACGGAAUAGAUAUGUAAUUGUGAAUAGGGGGAGGAUGCAGAUAACAGAGCAACCUGUAUAGGUGAUAUGUAA